AUGUUAAGGAAGCAACGUUGUAACAUCAUAGGUCAGGCGGUGGGUGAGUCUAGGCAGGCUGUGGCGCGGAAUAUCACUGAGGCGUUGGAGGCCAUUGUGGCCAUGGACACAGAUCUCAAGAAGGAUUUAAAGAGUGUGAAAGGGGAUUUGGGGACGUUGAAGGGGAAGAUUAGUGAGCUUGGCAAUGGUCUGGAAGGCGAUGGAAAAAGUAAUGAGCUUGUUAAGGAUAAGUUGGAGGCGCUUGAAAAACAGAAAGAGCAACUUGAAAAGGUUACUGGUAAGCCAACUGGUUCAAUUCAUAUGGCGAUGGGACAACUUGAAGGUAAUUUUAAGACGCAUAUCCAAAAACCGCUUAACCUGGCGGUCAGUGCAGUUGACGAGGCGAUUGGGACGCUUGGCGGGAAGUUUGAUAGUAAGCAGAAUAUUGCAGGCAUUUUCGAGCAUAUUAAAAGUAAGGUUGGGGAGAUUAAGGGGACGUCAACCCCCAAAGCAGGUCUGGAGGGGAUUGCCGCCGGGUUAAUUCACAGCUAUGCCAGUGGGUUCGCCCAUAACGGUAAACCUGGAUUCAAUGGUAUUGUGACAGGCUGGAUGGAAGGAACUUUGGGAAAUAAUGAUCAUGUGCUCAAACCGUGGCUUCCGAAGUAUGUUGAGGACAGGAAUGGUAAAGGUAGGAGCAGCAGUGAAGCGAAUCGUCGGCGUGAUGAGAUUAUAUCAGUGCGUAAUGGAAUAAUCAAAUCGAUUGAAGAGAAGUUUAAAGAGGCAAUUGAGCAAGCUGGCCAAAAGGUUAAACUAACUGAUGGCAAAAUACAAACAACCAUUGAAUCUGUGAAAAAAGCCUGUCUGCAUUUUGUCGGGGAGCUUGAUCAGAAACUUAGGGAUGAGGGAAUUGGCACGCUUUCUCAGAUGAUUUUCGAGGGGAUUCAGAAUGCGGAUAAAAGUGGCAAAGACUACCUGAAAGUAGCAGUCGAAUCCACGCUGCUGGGUCUCUCCGCUACCACCAGUCAGGUGGCGAACGAAAUUGACUCUAUCCUGCUCGGCGACUACAGGAUAGAAAAGGGCAGCAAAAGAAGCAUCGCAAGCGAAUUGGAUAGAGUAGUUGAUGAGACUAGAAAACUUGACAAACAGCUCACCGCGGCUACUGCUACCAACCAAGGCACCGAUCCAAAUGUAAGCCCCGCGCAAGCCGUGGACAGUAAGUUGGCGGUGGUUAGGAAAAUGGUUGAGAGCCAGAUUGAAAAUGAUUUUCGGACCAAAGUCAAACAAGAGCUUGCCGCUGCGGUGGACAACCUCCCCACCGCCGUUGGAGAGUUCAACCAACAAGCUCAAGAGCAGAUCAAGGCUGCGGCCAAGGCGGCGAUUACAGCGGCGGCUGGGCAGAUUAGUAACAGUGCUGAUGUAAGUGACAUAAAGCUUGGCAAACAUCUCAUGGAAAAAUUCGAGGAAGCCCACGGGAAGAUCAAAAGUGGGCUCGAAUCACAACUUCAAGGAAAAGUCGAUGACCACAUUGGUAAGGAUGAUCCGCCAGGUCAGCAAGGUGGUACAAUUUCUGACCUUGCUAAAAAUAAUUUUACGAGUUAUGAAAAACAUGUUGUCCAAGAAAAGAUUAAGACCGGCAACCUAAAAGGCGAACAAGGCGAAGGCCUGCUUCCAGAGGCGAUCGGGAACAUCAAGACUGUGGGUCUGAAAGAGCUUACCAUCAUCGAUAAAAAUGGCGGUGCCGGUGGUGUAAAAAUUACUGAUCAAACCUUCGAGGUGCCAUUUAAAGAAAUUACAAAGCAGCUUGAAGAGAUCAAGAAAUUGGUUGAUGGUGCUUCAUUCAUGGACGAUAAUGGCAGAGGAGUCAAAGCUUUUUUGAAUGAACUUAAAGCUGGGCUUAAUGAUAAAGCACUGCUUGGUUCCGCAAAAGGCCUUGAGACAAUCAGAUCGGCGAUUGAUGGUCUGCAAACAACUACGUUCACUAAGCAACCCGCUGCAAUUGGCCAAGCCGUCACCCAAAUUAAGGCGCAGCUUGGAGAGCUUAGGGGGAAGUUGAAGAAUACUAAUAAAGAUGAUGUUAUUCAAAGGUUGACAGAUUUGCAAUCGAAUGGUCUCGACGGCAAGAAUACUUGGAAGCAAGUUAACGGUCAACCUCUCAGUGAUCUUGGGAAAAUUCAUGGUGACCUUCAAGAGCAGAAUGAGCAAUUGGGCAAUCAAACCAAGGCCAUCGACUCAGCCCUCAGGGCAAUUGCGUGGGAGCUUCCAACGAUAAAGAUCAUCUUGGAUAAUGCUCUCGUUGAAAAUGACCUCGUGGACAAUCUGAAGAAAUUACAGCACAGAAUUGGUAAAGGCAAGAAAGUAGGCCUUCAAGCAAUUUACAAUGUGAUCGCUGGGCUGCAAAAAGACCCGUUUAAUACACAACCCAAAACCAUCGAACAAGCCAAGCAACAAAUUGUAAAAGAACUCACUGCCCUCCGAGAUGUGUUGCAAGGCAGGCCAGGCGAAGAUGUCAUCAAUGCUUUGAACGAUUUGAUGGACAAUGGACUAAGUGGUAAGCCGUGGAAAAGCAAGAAUAGUCUUAAGAGCAUUGAAGAUGAACUUCAACAUCAACAAAAUACGUUGUCCUUGCAACCGAAGAACAUUGACCAAGGCGUCGCACAGAUCACCGGUGAGCUUCAAAGGCUUCAGAAGCAGUUGAACACUGAGGUCACCGAUAAGUUAAAGAAGCUUAAAGAACAUGGCCUUAAUGAAGGUAAACAACCAUGGACAUUUGACGAUAAAAACUUAAAUGGCAUUCAAAAAAUCACCACGGACAUCGUGACCAUAAAAACAGAGAACGUUGAGGACGUCAGGCAUUAUGUCGUCGCCCUGUGCAGUGCUGUCAGGCAUAACGCAAGAGAUCUCAGAGACAUUUUACAAGAGGUCAAGGAAAUAAUGCUUGACAAAGAGUUGAGGAAAAUUUACAGUGAUAUCUACAAUCUGCUAUUCGGCCCGCUGGACAAUGUCAUUCAAUUACUCAAGAAGUUUGAUAAAUACGCCGCCGAGGCCGCUAAAAGAAUUAUUGCAGACCUCCACGCUUUCGUCAACAAGGAGGUCAAGGCAGCCGAAGAGACAUUGAUCGGGGAGGCACGCCGGCAGUAUGUCUCCAACAUCAAGGAGGCGCUGAAGUUGUUCGCCCAGAAGGUGGAAGAGGAGUUAAGUCCCUUGCCUCCGUUGAUCAACGAGGAUCUGCAGAUGGGGUAUAAAGGGUUCAUGAUACAGGUUGAAGGCGAAAUAUGCGUGAACAUUAAUAGGCUCAAAGACGUGAAAAGCAGAGAGCUUCAAGCAUUGUCCUCCGCGUUCGGGCACUUUUUCGGGACACUCAACGAGCAUCUCCGUAAGGAGAUUGAGAGACUGAAGAAGCAUGGUGAUGACGAAAAGAAUUCCUCACCGCCUGCAACCUACUGUCCACGGCUUGGGCGGGGCUUACAUUUGGGCCGGUGGGAGGGCCAGGGGUUUUAG